AUGAGAGCGGCACUCCUUACUCCCCUCCUCGCCGCCCUGGCAAGCUACGUUUCCCUCGUCAAUUCCGCUCCAGCUCUCACCGCCACCCCUUCCUCCCAGUCCUCUCCCUCCUCUUCCACCUCUUCCUCUUGGUGGCCCUCCUCCCUUUUUAGCAAGGCCAAGCCUCACCCUCUAGUCCUCUGGCAUGGAUUAGGCGAUUCAGCCUUCUCCUCCAAUCUCGCCGACCUAAAGGACUCCCUCGAGGAGGCCUUCCCAGGCAUCUACGUCCACCUCAUUGCCCUCGGCAAGGACGAAGCCAGCGAUCGCAAUCGAGGCGUCUUUGGUGAAGUUGACAAGGAUGUGAAAGAAGUGUGCAAGACAUUACAGGAGGUCGAGGAGUUGAAGGAUGGGUUUGAUGCGGUGGGAUUUAGUCAGGGUGGACAAUUCUUGAGGGCAUUGGUGCAGAGGUGCCCGCAGGUGAAGGUUAGGAACUUGGUGACGUUUGGAUCGCAGCAUAUGGGCAUCUCCGACUUCCCCGCCUGUCAAUCCGGUGACCUCAUCUGUCGUCUGACAGAGGUAGCCCUCCGCUCCGGCAUCUAUACCGAUUAUGCCCAAACGCACGUCGUAACGGCACAGUAUUACCGCAACCCUCUCUCACCUACCGCCUUCGAGCGCUACCUCGAAUCAAAUCACUUCCUCACGGAUAUCAACAAUGAGAUUCCAGGAAGGCAGAAGAAGGUGUACAAGGAGCGACUGCAAGCAUUGGAUGCAUUUGUAAUGCUGCAAUUCGAUCAGGAUACCACGGUCGUGCCUAAGCGCUCAUCCUGGUUUGAGUCUUAUGCAAUCGCCAAUGAGAGUAGCACAGGGACUACGCCAGAGACGAUUCCUCUGCGACAGAGCGACAUCUACCUGGAGGAUCGUCUCGGGCUCAAGACGCUGGACAAGAGGGGCGCCCUAGUCAUGGAAGUCUGCAAAGGUGCCCAUAUGCAAAUCGACUCUGCCUGUCAACAAAAAGUCUUUGGCACCUAUAUUGGUUCUCCCCGUUCCCUCUUCUCCCGCUCUCUCCCACGUCGACUUCGCCACGCAUGGCAUAGACUAUUCUUCAUGCUCAGCGGGAUCCAAGGAGUGGCAACGUGGCCUUGGUCGGCCCAUCUGCUUGCACUGCUGUAUGUUGCUGGGGUGAUGAGGCUGGUUUAUCUUGCGGGUAGGUGGAUGGGAGGAAAGACGAGGGAGCACAUGGAGGUGAGGAGAGCUAGGAAGGAGGGGUCGAUUCGGUUGCCCUGA